AUGGGUGCCCAAGACGUUCUAACCAGAAAGACCGGUGUCAUCGUCGGCGACGAUGUCCGUGCCUUGUUCGACUACGCGAAGGAGCACAAGUUCGCUAUCCCAGCCAUCAACGUUACCUCCUCCUCCACCGCCGUCGCUGCCUUGGAGGCCGCCAGAGACAACGGUUCUCCAAUCAUCUUGCAGACUUCCAACGGUGGUGCUGCCUACUUCGCCGGUAAGGGUAUCUCUAACGACGGCCAGAACGCCGCCAUCAGAGGUUCCAUCGCCGCUGCCCACUACAUCAGAUCCAUUGCCCCAGCUUACGGCAUCCCAGUCGUCUUGCACUCUGACCACUGUGCCAAGAAGUUGCUCCCAUGGUUCGACGGUAUGCUCGAGGCCGACGAGGCUUACUUCAAGCUGCACGGUGAGCCAUUGUUCUCCUCUCACAUGAUCGACUUGUCCGAGGAGUCCGACGACGAGAACAUCGCUUCUUGUGUCAAGUACUUCACCAGAAUGGCCAAGAUGGGCCAAUGGCUAGAGAUGGAGAUCGGUAUCACCGGUGGUGAGGAAGACGGUGUCAACAACGAGCACGUCAGCCGUGAGGACCUCUACACCAAGCCAGAGACCGUCUUCGCCGUCCACAAGGCUCUUGCUCCUAUCUCUCCAAACUUCUCCAUUGCCGCUGCCUUCGGUAACGUCCACGGUGUCUACGCCCCAGGUAACGUCCAGUUGAGACCAGAGAUCCUAGGUGACUUCCAGAAGUACGCCCACGGUCAGGUCAAGACCGAGGAGAAGCCUCUAUACUUGGUCUUCCACGGUGGUUCCGGUUCUUCCAACGAGGACUUCAAGACCGCCAUCGGCCACGGUGUCGUCAAGGUCAACCUCGACACUGACUGUCAGUUCGCCUACUUGAAGGGUAUCAGAGACUACGUCCUGAAGAACAAGGACUACCUCAUGACCCCUGUCGGAAACCCUGAAGGCGCUGACAAGCCUAACAAGAAGAAGUACGACCCAAGAGUCUGGGUUAGAGAGGGUGAGAAGACCAUGUCCGAGAGAAUCACCGAGGCUUUGGGCGUUUUCAACACUCAGAAGCAAUUGUAA